AUGGCGGCGUCCAUACGGGUGUGCUGUGCCCUCCGGAUCACACUCGGAGGAGCAGUGCCACUCCGGCCCAUAGCUGGAGUACUUCAAGUGUCCCAGGUGGUGAACCGAACCUCAGGUCUGUGUCUUCAGAGAAGUCCUGUAUCUCCACUGAUCCCAGCUCCAGCAUGGCAACAGACCCGGCAAAGCAGCUUUUUCAACAAGUUGACAGCGGAGCAGUUGUGGAAAGGUGUGUUAGCAGAGGGGGGGGCCGGAGCCAGGAAGGGACGAGGGAAGAGGACUAAACGUAAACUGAAGAGAGACCUGAACCGAGGACAGAACAUCGGAGAAGGUCGUGGUGGUUUUCUGUGGCCUGGUCUGAAUACUCCUGUGAUGAAGGAUGGGUCUGUGCAGAGCAUGAGUCGAAGAGGGGAGGCUGAGCAGCAGGAGGCUCAAGCUGAACUAGUGCGUCGGAGAGACGAGUGGUUGCGAAAAAAGAAGAUGAAGGUGAAGAGGGAAAGAGGGUGGACGGGAAACUCCUGGGGGGGCACCAGCCUGGGCCCUCCUGACCCUGGACCCAAUGGAGAAACCUAUGAGGACUUUGAAUCACGUGUCAUUGAGGUCAAGAGUGUGUUCAACAUGACAGCCAAGGAGGGCAGGAAGAGGUCCAUCAGCUGUUUGGUCGCUGUGGGAAAUGGCAACGGAGCCGCAGGCUUUGCUUUGGGUAAAGCACCAGACAGAUCCACAGCUCUAAGGAAGGCUAAGAACCGAGCCAUUCACUACCUGUACUACAUAGAACGGUACAACGACCACACCAUUUAUCAUGACAUUGAAUCCAAGUUCAAGAGGACGACCCUCCGCAUGAAGAAACAAAACAAAGGUUAUGGUCUGCACUGCCAUCGGGCCGUCAUUACUCUGUGUAAGCUGAUCGGCAUAAAGGACAUGUACUGCAAAGUGGAAGGCUCUGUCAACCUCCUCAACAUCACCAGGGCCCUGUUCACUGGAUUAGCUACUCAGAAAACCCACCAGACGCUGGCGGACGUGAAGCAGCUCCACGUCGUCGAGUUCCAGUCGGAGCGAGGUCCAUUGCCCAUCGUGGUGGCAAGUCCUGAAGGUGGGGCGCGUCUGAAGCCGGAGCCUGAGGACGAGAUCCCCAACACGCGACUGCACUGGGACGAUGUCCGAGCCGCACAGGGAACCAAGCGCUCAGUCUGGGCAGGCGUCAAACGCACCAUCUGGUAACACUGGGAACGACCUGAUGUUUGGACUGACACGAGUCAGGAGGGUCAGAUGGUGGAUCCGACCCAGGACUGUGGGUUGAAGACAUGCAAGUAUGAAUGGGAAUAACAUAAAUGUAUGAAGAGCUCAUUUUGUACGGCUGUUGAAGUCCUUCUAAAAGCAGAGGAUGUAGUCUGUAUGUGUGUGAUCAGCGUGUCAGACAGGGAACUCAGUUACAUUUUUCUCAAAUAAUAAAAAUACAAACUACCAAAUAAAUCUCCCUUUACAACCAGUAAAAAGGGUCCUGCAUCAUGACUGUAAAUGAACCGCUGAACAAUAUGUCCUAUUGAAAUAAAGUGUAAACCUGUAAA